AUGAGAAGUUCAAUUGUUAUUCUUCUAUUCGGUCUCAGUGUAGCCUCGGCGUUCCUUUUCCCAUCAAUGGGAGGAGGUGGCGGAGGAUGUGGAUGUGGGGCCCCACCCCCUCCACCAUCUUGCGGAGGGGGCUGCGGCGCGCCACCUCCCCCACCAUCUUGCGGAGGAGGCUGCGGCGCGCCACCUCCCCCACCAUCUUGCGGAGGAGGCUGCGGCGCGCCACCUCCCCCACCAUCUUGCGGAGGAGGCUGCGCUGCGCCACCCCCACCCCCACCACCACCACCACCACCAUCUUGCGGAGGAGGCUGCGGCGCGCCACCCCCACCACCGUCUUGCGGAGGAGGAUGUCGUCUGAAAAGAGAGGCCGAAAACUUGGUAGCUCACGAUGAUGCUCAAAAAUGCAACAACGAGGAACUUCGUUUGAUCUUGCAAGACAACAUCAAGGAGGACAUCAAGGAUUCAGUUAAGACGAUCAAGGACAAAUUGGAGAACGCCAGCGAUUUUGUUGUUUCCUGUAGCGAGAAAGAAACUCCAUUCACCGGAGAUGCUGAUGAUUUCUGUCAAUUCAAAAAAGAUAAGGUUUCAUGCACAGUUUUGAGAAUCAAGACUGUUGAGAAAAAAAGAAGAGAAAAAGGAGGAAAAGAAGGUUGGUGACUUCAAUUUUUGAUAUGAAUUAGAAGAUAAUUGAAACUUGAAUUUUAGGAAGAAGAAAAAGUUGAAGAGCCAAAUAAAGAAGAAGAAAAAGAAGUGAAGAAGGAGGAAUCCACCGAAGAAAAGAAGGAGGUGGGUGGUGGUAGUCGGAGUGUUAGAAAUCCCUGGAUUCCCCCAAUUCCCAGAAUUCCAUACCCACAAUAUCGUUCGGUUAGAACGCCAUCAUCAAAUGUAAAUUUGCAGGAAAAUGUUGAGGAGAAAUCGGCACCAAAAGAAUUGGAGCCAAAGAAAGAUGAGGAUGAGACAAAGAAGAAUUAA